AUGGAGCUGCCACCGCUCUCUAUCGAGCAGCUCGAGCAGCUCGCUUCGUCCAACCUGCCUCCUUCACAACUCUUCGAGAUCUUCUCACGAUACGAACUAGAUGCCUGUCUCAUGGCAGCUGGUAGUGGUCACCCAGAGACUGGUAGUGGCGAUCCCGAGCUGUUGAGCUUAUUCUACUCCAGCUUCUUCUUCGCCCACCUCCUCACGAAGCAAAUGUCAGAAGCCCGCGCCUUGACGCAACGGAUACCAGAGGCUCUCAAAAACCAAGACCCAUCCUUGCAGAACUGCUUGACGUUACUACGAGCCGUAUGGCAGACUCAACAUGCCAUAGUUUACCAAACCUUACGGAAACUGCCAUGGCCAGAACAACUGCAGCCUUUAGUGCGCAGAUAUGAGAGCUUCUUCCAAGACCAAACCUUGAUCGCCGUCAGCACUUCCUACGGAGCAAUACGACCUGCCGUGGCAGCCGCAUACCUGGGUCUUGAUUCGCAGGCUGCAGAGCAAGGCGAUCAAAGCAUUAUACAGAAGUUUACGGAUUGUGGGUGGACCUGGAACUCAGAGACUCGACUACUUCACCCCGUUCCAAUCACUGUACCGCCCACCAUGGAAUCGUCAUCCAAUGGUAUCCGCGAUGCCAUGGCGAUGCUUGGGAAUCGUACAAAUUAA